CACCAUACCUGGCUCUCACCCAUCUUUUUAAUGAUCCAAUUGAACCUCGGUUUUCGAGGAUCUUUGGGAUUACUACCCUCAUUUCCUCGUACACGCUAUUUGUAGAAUUGCUCCAAGCGUAAACUCCAACACCCCCACAUUCUCUACCUAGGUAGCUGUCCUGUGAUGUUCAUCCGCGUCACAGCCCUGCCCUGCAUACCUCACAGCCCACAGGCGUUCCUAGCUCACAGUGCUGAGAGCCGCCCUCCCAAGUGCAAGGACAAGGUGCAGAGCCGGACUCUGAGCGGGAUGGGUGACUGGAGGGGCUACAUCAGUGCUGUGCUGCGGGACCAGCGCAUCGACGAUGUGGCCAUCGUGGGCCACUCGGACAAUCGCUGUGUGUGGGCAUCACGGCCGGGGGGCCUGCUGGCAGCCAUCUCUCCGCAGGAAGUGGGUGUCCUCCUGGGGCCAGACCGGCACACCUUCCAGCAGACCGGCCUGAGCGUGGCCGGCCGUAGCUGCUGUGUCAUCCGAGACAACCUGCUAGAGGAGAGCGAUGGAGUGCUGGACGUGCGCACCAAGGGGAUAGACGGGCGUGCGAUCUCUGUGGGCUACACGCCCAGGGCGCUUCUUGUGCUCAUGGGCAGACGUGGCGUGCAUGGAGGCAUCCUCAAUAAGACAGUGCACGACCUGAUGGACGGGCUGCGCAGGCAGUGCUCGUAGCUGGACAGCCAGACCACCCAUGGUGGUAGGGGGACCAGAAUAAAUUGUGAACUGGGUGCUGAGGGCUCAUCUUCCUUGUGGGGGUGGGGAGCUGGUAAUAAGAAAAUCAGUUUAUGGGA